UCCAUCCGGCGGUCUGGUAAAACGGGUGAAACAUAGGGUGAAACUCGAACACAAAUCUUCCAAGCGCGUUGCUUUGGUUGUGCUGAUUGAGCGUAUCGCGUUCUGAAGACCUCAAAGGCGGCAUCUGAUGAUGCUUGACACUUGCGCACAGCUGUUUGUUGUUUUCAGGCUUCACGUUUGACAGAUCAUUCUUCGCUAUGGCGGCCGAUGCGCAGCACAAACGAUGGGGUGAGCUACCACCACUGAUCACAGAAACGGAAUCUGGAAUUGCUGCCAUUGAACGGGAGCAGAUCACCAAACCCCGUCCAGUGCCAAUUCAGGGAGCUGCACUAUAUCAGCCGGGAGCACGCAGCCUACAUUACCAAGCCGAGCGGAGUGCCCAAGAGUACGGUGCCAUUGACCCAAUAACAGUGCACACCAUCGCAUUGAUCCAACAUGCGAAGAAAGUUCAGUCAUGCAUCACAAACCUUCAGCAGCAGGACAGAGACAUUAAGCCGCUGGAAGCCGAGUACUUGCCACCUAUACCAGAAGGACCUAGUAUUCCAGGCCUGACAAGCCCAGGCAACAGCAAUCGCCUCGAAAUGAAGUCAGAGAAGAAAUGCUCCUGGAAACCACCGCCUCAGCUAGGGGAUCAUGCAACCCGUGUUAUUCUUCGCAGAGCAGUCACUGCCAUCUGCGCACAAGCUGGGUUUGACACUACUUGGAACUCUGUGCUGGAGGUUCUGACCGAUGUCUGCAGCGACAUUUAUCGUCGCAUCUGCUGGCAGCUACGUACAGUCGUAGACCGAGAAGCACUUACUGGUCAGACUGGCUUUAUGGAUGCUAUGGACCAUGCCUUGCACGAGUCAGGCUUGGAAGGACUUCAGUCAUUGGUGCAGUUCUUCGACGAACGCAUUGUUGGCUACAAUCGACACAUGCUGAGGACCUGUCGCAAGUUACACCAAACCUACCAUAAAGUCAAGCUACCACAAAGCUGUUCAUCUGUUGACACCAAAAAUAUCAAGGUGAAGGAGGAGCCAGUGAGUGAGAUACACUUUCCGAACCUUGAGGAGGGCGACGAGAACAUGGCAGAGGCGGAGGAGGUGCCCAUGGAUGAGCUUCAUCGUGCUCUGCAGAACCUGGAAGGCGUGCCCUUGAAGGAUGAUGAUGCAUCCAGGUGGCUUGCACAGCAGCAACAGCAGCAGCAACAACAUCAACAGCCACUUACACACCAUCGCAAAGGCUCGACUGCUUCCUCAGCAGGGCACCUGGAUGCUGAUGAAGAGAUAGUGAUCGUUAGCGAUUCUCCACCGCUUUCUGCUGAAGUCAGCAUAGGUUCCUUGGUUGACUCGGUUGAGUCUGGCUCCCUUGAUGCUACAAGACUUGGCCGUCCACCACCAUUCAAGAAGAAGAAGAAGACAUGAAGCGAGACUGCAGCAUUGCCCUAUAAAUAUGUACAGGGCAUUUCACAUAACUUGAACCAAGGAUUUUAAAAAAGUGGCUUGCCGCAGCUGAAUGAAACUGACGGCGUAUGGUUUGCCGUCAUGUGGCGCUCCUUGGAGUAUUUUUUAUGUACCGCUUAAUUAGUUAAUUACCGACAAUUAAUUACGUUAAAUGUUUAAUAUUCAUUUUAGGGCCAAGUGCGUUUCUUUUCGUUGUAGAGGGGAUUCCGAAAUGGCCAAUACAAUAUUUUGUGGCGACGUACAUGUUGCGUGGCAAUUUUUUUCGGCGUUUGAAGAAAGCUCGUGAAAUAUGAAAUAAAACAAUGUGACUCCACUCAUGCCCCAUCAUAUUGCCGUGCUCUCAAAUGAGCUUCGGGCGAAAGACCUGCGCUCGUAGAUGCUGGCGAAGUGAGCGGCCAUGGCUCUAGGCAUCGGCUUGACAGUGCGUCAGCAUCUUUGGCGGUGGCACAUGGAAAGGAAGCACCAUCAACCCUGAUAAGCGAUAGGCUCGACGCACAGUUGAGAGCACUCCAAUAUGAUAGCGCACGAGCACAGUCACAUAGUUUUAUUUCAUAUUUCGCAGGCUUGCUUUAAACACCGAAAAAGAUUGCCAUGCAGCAUGUAUGUUGUCAUAAAAAAUUGGAUUCGUAGUUUCUGAACACCCUCUACAACAUAACAAAACAUACUUGGCUCUAAAGGGAAUAUUAAGUAUUUUUAAUGAUUGAUCUCAGUUAUUGAACUAAUUAGUCACAAUGUAAAAUAAUCUAUUGAGAAUUGCCACGUGACAGCUAACCACAUUUCUAAAUCCUUGGUUCAAGUUACGUGAAACACCCUCUGACAUGUACUCUGUCGUGCAUGGGAACAUAAAUAAAUAAAUAAAUGUGCAUAUUGGUAAGACAUAUAAGAAAAAAGAUUUUUUCCAUAGAUUGAUAAUAAAGUACAAUACAAACAAA